AAGGCCUACAAACGCAGGGAUGCAGCGCGCGCGCCUUGAGGUUAGGCGCUGCUGCCUCUGGACUUGCCGGUGAGGGUGAAUCAUGAAAGGAAGAGAGUGAGCGUUGGGCUGGACCGCGUGUUCUACCGCCUCCUACCAGGGAGAGGAGGAAAGCCUGUCGCCUCCUUCACUGUGGAGAGCUAGAGGCAGAAACCGACGAUUUUUUGAGUCCAGUGGAUCCCAGCUUGAACCUGCUGCUAUACCACCUUGUCCCUACAGUGAUGGAGAAGGACCCUGGACUGCAGCUGCGGAUCUUUGACCUCAAUUGCUGGGCCAUUCAAUACCUGAGUAAAUUACGGCAGGAGCGCAUUGAACUGAUUGGUGAUGUCCUCAGCAAGGAGCAAUUUGACCUGGCGCUCUUACAGGAGGUGUGGAGCGAGAAAGAUUAUUUGGAACUGAAAAAGAAACUUUGUGCCCACUACCCUUCAUCGUACUAUUUCAAAAGUGGGGUGUUUGGCAGCGGGCUCUGCGUCUUCUCCAGACACCAAAUCCUGGACACUUUCCUGUACCAAUACUCUGUGAAUGGCUAUCCGUACAUGUUCCAGCACGGAGACUGGUUUGCUGGCAAAUCCGUGGGGCUCGUGGUGCUAAAGAUCCAGGGGAUUGUUUUCAAUGUCUAUGUGACGCAUCUCCAUGCAGAGUAUUGUCGGGAGAAGGAUGCUUACCUGGCCCAUCGAGUAGUCCAGGCCUGGGAACUUGGCCAGUUUAUACAGCAUACGUCAAAAGGGGCUGAUGUGGUGCUGCUUGGUGGGGAUCUGAACAUGCACCCGGAGGAUGUGGGCAUUCAGCUUUUGCGAGGCUGGGCAGGGCUCCAGGACUCCUUCAUUGCUGCGGAGAAGGUUGAGGGCUGUGAGGAUGGCUCGACUCUGGUGCCAGCCAACCGCUUCACGAGCAAGAAGGAACUGCAGUGUUAUCCCCAGGGGAUUCGUAUUGACUACAUUCUUUAUAAGAGUUUGUCUCAGUGUGAAGUCAGAUGCAGCCGUCAUGAGACUACCACUGGAACCAUUCCCAACAAGGACCUUCCUUACUCUGACCAUGAAGCUGUCAUAGCCACACUGUCUGUGGAUAAAAGACGACCAGACAAAAAUCUAAACCAUCCCACAGUUGAGCCAGUGCUGGUGGACAUCUUGAACGAAGCCCGGAUGGAGGUGCGGGUGGGGCUGCACACAGCGGAGCGCCAGCAGUACUCCUGCGGCCGCAUGGCCGUCCUGGCUGUGCUCCUGCUGCUCCUGCAAGGAGCCAUGGGCCUGAGCUCUAUGUUCGGCGGAGCCCUGCAGCCGCCCUUCCCCAAGGUCUCCUUCUCUCUGCUUAGCCUGCUGGCUGUGUUGGUGUUGUUCGUCUCGGCCAUACUCUGCCUAUUCCACUCCAUUGAAGUGAAGGUGCUGAAGGGGACGGAGGAGCAAAUGCGGGUGGGGCUCCAGACGCUCCAGGACAAACUCAGCUCCAGAUGAAGUGUUUUCGGUGCUGGAGCCAUGUUAGGGACCAAGAGACUUUGGCUGAAAACUGUGAACAGCAAGCCCCUCUAUGCUGCUAGCUUCUAGGGGUUAGUAGUUUUAAGCGCAUGAUAAUAAUUAGAAUUUGGUACUGUAAAGCUGGAUUUUAGAUUUUCUUCUUUUAGCUGGAUUUUAAGGCAAUUCAUCUUUUUAUGGAUGGUGCUACCCAAAUUAUGGAAUUAGGACAAUUGUGCAGAAGGGAAUUUUGGAACUAGCUGAAUUAUAUGUUGCUCAAUUGGAAACCAGCUUUUUAAAAUAUAUAUAAAACAGCUAUGCUGCUCUAAUAGUGUAAAA